AUGAUGCCGAUUCGAGGAGCACUUCGAGCUGUCACACAAAUCGGAAAGUUUAGCGCUGCCCGUGCAAUUUCCAACUUCUCAGUACCUCUUCCACUUGGUACACCAGUGGUGAAUCAAUCACUAGACAUUCAAAUUCCUGAUAACAAAAUGUUGGCCACCUACGUCUGGAUAGAUGGAACAGGCGAGAAUCUUCGAGAAAAGACUCGAACACUUGACAAAGAAAAAGGCUUGGCAGGCAGUAAGUAA